GAUACAACUAUUAAAGUCGAUCGAUGCCUGUCUUUCUCCCCUGAUCCAGUCGAACACGGCUGAACCUCACUCAUCCCUACCCAUCAUGGCGCCUGGCGUCCUGGUUGAACCAGCUCAGUCGGAGCUUGAAGUCGCCGCGGCGGCGAAAGCUGCCGUGACCUCCUUGACCCAGCUCACAGAGGACUGGGAUGACUGUAUUCGCUUCUAUCUGAAUGGCACAAAGGUGACUCUGGACUCUGUGGAUCCGGAAAUUACCCUGCUGGAAUAUCUGAGAGGUAUUGGCUUGACGGGGACGAAGCUGGGAUGUGCAGAGGGUGGCUGCGGUGCCUGUACAGUAGUGGUCUCACAUAUAAAUCCAACGACAAGGAAACUCUACCAUGCCUCCGUCAACGCCUGUCUUGCCCCCCUGGUUAGUGUCGACGGCAAACAUGUGAUUACUGUCGAAGGUAUUGGGAAUGUCAAGAAUCCCCACGCCAUCCAGCAACGGCUGGCAAUUGGGAAUGGAAGCCAGUGUGGUUUCUGUACCCCGGGCAUCGUCAUGAGCCUCUACGCCCUCCUCCGAAACAACCCCCAGCCCUCUGAACACGCGGUGGAGGAGGCGUUUGAUGGAAACCUAUGUCGAUGCACAGGCUAUCGGCCAAUUCUAGAUGCUGCCCAAAGUUUCACGGCCCCGGUUGGUUGUGUCAAAUCCCGCGCCAAUGGAGGAUCUGGAUGUUGUAUGGAGAUGGAGAAGGAGAAGGAGAGGGAGGAUGGCACAACGGGAUGCUGUAAAGCCUCGUCGCUCGAGAAGGAUGGUGAUUUUCCAAAGUUCAAGUCUCCAGAGUUUAUCGAGUACAAACCGGACACAGAAUUAAUUUUCCCGCCUGCCCUUUGGAAGAAUGAGCCCCGACCGGUGGCUUUUGGUAACAAGCGCAAAAAGUGGUACCGGCCAGUUACUCUACACCAGCUCUUGGAGAUCAAGGACAUUCACCCGGACGCAAAGAUUAUCGGUGGAAGCACCGAAACUCAGAUUGAGAUCAAGUUCAAGGCCAUGCGCUACAGUGCCUCUGUCUAUGUCGGCGACAUCGCCGAGCUGAAACAAUUCUCCUUCCAUGAUGACCACUUGGAAAUCGGUGCGAACAUCUCCUUGACCGACCUGGAAAAUGUCUGCGACCUAGCGCUUGACCGAUACGGUCCGAGAAAGGGACAACCAUUCAGUGCGAUCAAAAAGCAACUCCGCUACUUCGCUGGAAGGCAGAUCAGAAACGUGGCUUCUCCAGCUGGCAAUCUAGCGACUGCAUCUCCGAUUUCUGAUUUAAAUCCAGUCUUCGUGGCCACAAACACGCAUCUUAUCGCCAAAUCGUUAGAAAAAGAGACCGAGAUCCCCAUGGGCCGGUUCUUCAAAGGCUACCGAUCCACAGCCCUUCCACCAGAUGCUGUCAUUGCCAGCCUCCGAAUCCCGAUCGCACGCGAGAACGGAGAGUAUAUGCGGGCCUAUAAACAAGCCAAGCGGAAAGAUGACGAUAUUGCCAUUGUCAAUGGUGCUUUUCGCGUGUCUCUCUCCCCCUCAAACGACAUCACGAGCGUGAAUUUGGUUUUUGGUGGUUUGGCACCUAUGACUGUAUCUGCACGGAAUGCUGAGGCUUUCCUGAUUGGCAAGAAAUUCACCAACCCAGCUACUCUUGAGGGCACAAUGGGUGCUCUAGAAAAGGACUUUGACUUGAAGUUCGGCGUUCCCGGUGGAAUGGCGACUUACCGCAAGUCCCUUGCCUUAGGGUUCUUCUAUCGAUUCUACCACGACGUGUUAUCGGGGCUCGAAGUGAAGGAAGCCGAUGUGGACGAAGAUGUCAUUGCUGAAAUCGAACGAGCAAUUUCUUCAGGCGAAAAGGAUCAUGAGACUUCAGUAGCAUACCAACAAAAAGUCCUGGGCAAAGCCGGUCCCCACGUCUCAGCGCUAAAACAGGCCACUGGUGAAGCCCAGUACACGGACGACAUACCCGUUCAGAAGAAUGAACUGUACGGCUGUAUGGUUCUAUCGACCAAACCCCAUGCCAAAAUCAUCAGUGUGGAAGCGGAUGCUGCUCUGGAUAUUCCUGGAGUAGUGGACUAUGUCAACCACAAGGAUCUACCAAGCCCAAAAGCCAACUGGUGGGGCGCCCCCAACCGCGACGAAGUGUUCUUUGCAGUUGACAAGGUGACAACCGCUGGUCAGCCAAUUGGUAUGAUUCUGGCAAAUACGGCCAAGGCUGCUGAAGAGGGUGCAAGGGCUGUGAAGGUCGAGUAUGAAGAUCUACCUGUGAUCCUUAGCAUUGAGGAGGCAAUUGAGGCAGAGUCUUUCUUUGAGCAUUACCGCUACAUUGCGUGCGGCGAUACAGAAAGUGCUUUCAAGGAUGCGGACCACGUUAUCACAGGUGUCUCACGAAUGGGCGGCCAGGAGCACUUCUACCUGGAAACCCAGGCUUGUGUUGCGAUUCCCAAACUUGAAGAUGGAGAGAUGGAAAUCUGGAGCGGUACCCAAAAUCCAACCGAAACGCAAGCAUAUGUCGCCCAGGUUACCGGCGUCUCUGCCAACAAGAUUGUCUCAAGAGUUAAACGUCUUGGAGGAGGAUUCGGUGGCAAAGAAACCCGUUCAGUCCAGCUAGCAGCAAUCUGCGCUACUGCUGCUGCGAAAAUGAAGCGACCUGUCCGUUGCAUGCUCAACCGCGAUGAAGACAUCCUAACUUCUGGACAACGUCACCCAUUCCUUUGCCGCUGGAAGGUCGGAGUAACUAAGGAAGGCAAAUUCCUUGCACUUGAUGCAGAUGUUUAUGCCAAUGGCGGUCACACACAAGAUCUCUCGGGCGCUGUCGUGGAGCGCAGUCUCUCGCACAUCGACGGAGUAUACAAGAUUCCGAAUGUCAACGUCCGAGGCCGCGUGUGCAAAACAAAUACAGUUUCCAAUACUGCUUUCCGUGGAUUUGGUGGUCCUCAAGGGCUAUUUUUCGCAGAGUCCUUCAUAUCAGAAGUUGCGGACCACCUCAACAUCCCCGUGGAAGAUCUACGAUGGCGCAACAUGUAUCAGUCUGGUGAAACGACUCACUUCCGCCAGGAGCUCAAAGACUGGCAUGUACCCUUGAUGUACAAGCAGGUCAUGGAAGAGAGCUCGUAUGCAGAGCGCCGCAAGGCUGUAGAGGAGUACAACCAGACGCAUAAAUGGUCAAAGCGUGGAAUGGCCGUUGUCCCCACAAAAUUUGGCAUCUCUUUCACGGCGCUCUUUCUAAAUCAAGCGGGCGCCCUUGUGCACAUUUACCACGAUGGCAGCGUUCUCGUUGCCCACGGCGGAGUCGAAAUGGGCCAAGGUCUCCACACAAAGAUGACCAUGAUUGCAGCCGAAGCCUUGGGAAUACCCCAAUCCAAUGUCUUCAUCUCCGAGACUGCUACAAAUACCGUCGCAAACACCUCGGCUACUGCAGCCUCAGCAAGUUCUGACCUCAAUGGAUAUGCCAUCUUCAACGCCUGCGAACAGCUUAACGAACGCUUGCGCCCUUACCGUGAGAAGAUGCCUAACGCGACGAUGAAAGAGCUCGCGCACGCUGCAUAUUUCGAUCGCGUCAAUCUCUCCGCACAGGGAUUUUACCGCACCCCGGAUAUCGGCUACGUCUGGGGUGAAAACAAGGGCCAGAUGUUCUUCUACUUCACGCAGGGCGUCACCGCCGCCGAAGUCGAAAUCGACACCCUAACCGGCGACUGGACGCCUCUCCGCGCCGAUAUCAAAAUGGAUGUAGGGCGCACAAUCAACCCCUCCAUCGACUACGGCCAGAUCGAAGGCGCCUACAUUCAGGGCCAGGGUCUCUUCACCACCGAAGAAUCUCUCUGGCACCGGGCGUCGGGCCAAAUUGCCACCAGAGGACCGGGAAACUACAAGAUCCCGGGGUUCCGGGAUAUCCCCCAGAUCUUUAACGUAAGCCUGCUGAAGGAUGUCGAGUGGGAGAAUCUGCGCACGAUCCAGCGCUCCCGUGGUGUUGGCGAACCCCCGCUGUUCAUGGGCAGCGCGGCGUUCUUCGCUAUCCGCGAUGCGCUGAAGGCGGCCCGGAAGCAGUGGGGUGUUAAUGACGUCCUGCAGCUGCAAAGUCCUGCUACCCCGGAGCGGAUCAGGAUCAGUUGUGCGGAUCCGAUUAUUGAGCGGGCGAGGGUGCUUCCCCGGGAGGGGGAGAAGAGUUUCUUUGUUGCGAUUUGAAGCAGCUUGGAUUUUCUAUGUUGUUAUGACGUUUAUGACUUUUUUUUGAAUAUGCCUAUACAUACCGUACAGUGUAGGGUUUUAUUUCUUGUGUGCUUUUCUUGUGUGCUUUUUAUUGAUAUCAGUAUGACCUUGGUGGGGUAUGUAUACAUCUAGAUUUAUAUAUAACU